CGAUAACUGGCCUUACCAAAGGCUUGAGGAACUAAAAGACCUGCUUGACAGAGGUAUGGGCGCGAUCGAUGACGGGGCCCCCAGUCCCGAGUCCCGGGUCGACUAUAUGAGGGAACAGUUCUUCUACGGCUCGCGUUACUUCGGUUUCAUUCCCCAGGUCUUUCAGGAGCAAGCCUUCGAGUCCAUUGCCAGAAUGGCAGCCGAUGAGCGCCAUAAGAUUGCGUCGGGAACCCACGCCACUUUGCAACUGGGACUCUGUCUCUUGUCCGGUUUCGGCGUCGACCGAGACAUCCACAAGGGCCUCGAGUUGGUGUUUGAGGCGGCGGACAAGGGAAACCACAGAGCCCGGGCUGUUAUUGGGAGAUUCCUGUGGUCGUUCGGCAACUACACCGAGAGUACACCCGUUGACUGGGUAAUUGAGCAAGCAAUGCAAUACUCCUACUGGGCGAUAGAGGAGCUGGGCAGAGCGGGCCAGCGAUUUUAUAGCGAAGCAGUCAAGCGUGCUGCAUUCUUGGCCGCGACGGCUAUUAGUCGCGUCGGAUAUGGCCCGGGUUACUUUGUGGAAUCUCGAUUUGAUCUCUUCGACCCCAACGCGUUGGAGGAACAAAUCAAGAAAGAAUUCGGGCCUGCGAAUGGCAGGGCUGAAUCUCCAGCACCGGAUGGACCAACGCUCGAAGCUCCUACCAGAGAUUCCGUCAAUUCUCCCACCCGGGACACUAACUCUGCCGACCCAUAUCCCUUGCAGCACGAGCAGACCAUGCCUGGGCAACCGAAUGUGCUCGAGGACGGCCAGGUCGCGGAUGAGAUGCAGUUACAGCCGGCAGACUUCUUUGACGCCGCAAUGCGUUUCGUGUGUUGCUACGGCCUCCUGGAAACCCUUCCCGUUCUCCUCCGGGAGCAACCGCGGCUGGCGCCUGACUUGGGCCCUGAGACGUACAUUCCUCUGGCACUCGCGGCCGGCCAGGGCGAAGUAGCACUGGCGUUGCUGGGGUCAGAAAAUGAGAUCACCAAGGAGACAAAUCCUUAUCUCCUUUUCCAGCUUCACCACCUGCCGCCUCAGCAAGUCGGGCCAGUUGCUGGAGCUAUUGUCAGCAGGGGUUUCGAUCCCAACGAGAAAGUCGAACUUCAUAGAGAUUCACGGUUUACCAAUGACCGUCUCUCCGUCUUCUUAGAUCCGGUUCUUGAUCAUCGAAUCCAUCCCCUAGAUGGCUCCUCGCGGCACUGGUUGCCCGAGAUUCGGGGCCGGUCGCUCACUCCACUGCGAUGGGCCAUCUACCACGGCAAUGAGCAUGUUGUGGGUGCUCUCCUGGAUCUCGGGGCCGAAUUCGCACGGUUGCCCGACGUCGACAGGUGCGUGGCCCACGGCGGACCGGUGGAUAGGUUGGAAACAGCAGCAUUCACCGUCGCCGUACUCGAAGAACCUUGCCUCAACUUGAACAUUCUCGAGAUGUUCUUCCAACGCCAUGGCGAUCAACCCGGGAGGGCCGUCUUCGCCGAGACGCCGCUGGGUUUGAUAGCCAUGGAACCCGACUGCCCCGAAAGGCGGCUCAGGUUCUUGGGCCCCGGUGGCGAGACGGAUAACCUAGAGCGGGUGCUGUCGCUGCUGAGGAGGCAUCAGCCCGACUCGGACGCGCAGCUGUUCUGGGCAGCGGCCAUGAAUGGCCACGAGGACAUCGUGCGCUACCUCAUCAAGGGCGGAGUCGAUAUUGAGCUGCGAUACAACGGACAGACCCCGCUGCACACGGCUGUCCUUCACGGUCAGAAGGGGGUGUUUGACCUGCUCGUCAAGAACGGCGCCGAGGUCCGCGCUCUAACCUCGGACAAGGGCAUGUCCAUGAUGCAUCUGCUUCUUUGGAAACCCAAGCCCGUGGGCGUCGAGCUGUACAUGAUCAAUAAGCUUUACCGACGGCUGCGCAGCGUUGCAGGCGGCAGCGGUAACUUUGGCAGAAAGGUCCAGCCCAUCCACCUCGCCGCCCUGAACUCGCGUGUCGCAGCGCUGGAGCGGCUGCUAGAGCUAGGCGCGGACCCCACCGUCCCUAUGGAGGAGGACAUCAUGCCUUGGGCCCGCGGCUGCUUCAGACACGAGGGCUGGGAGCCGCCAGAAACACUAAAGCGGGACCGCUCCGAGGAAGGCAGCCUCUUGGCAACUCCCAUAUCCCUCAAGGGCCUCACACCCGCUGGUAUCAUCCUCUCCAGAUACGACAUCAUGCCGCCAAAGGAUCUUCUGGCCAUGCUGCGAAUUCUCGUCUUGUCGACGUCGUUCCCGGUCACCCUCUCUCGGCUUUACACGCGCCCGUCACUGAAGCAAACCAUCUUUCACCUGCUCGCCUGUCACUUUCCCCUUACCGAAACCGGGAUUCUCGAGCACCUCCUAGACGGCCUGGCCUUGCACCUCCCCUCCGGGCCCGGGAAGGCCAACGGCGCCGACCGUCAGACGCUCAUCAACCUACCCGACGCCGACGGCGACACGCCGCUGCACUACGCGGCGCUCUUCAGUGGCAGCCGCAACACGCGCGCCGUCGACCGGCUGCUUUCGCUCGGCGCGGACCCGACGGCGAGGAACUUGUUUGGCAUGACCCCCGGGGUCAUCAGGGCCCGGUAUCUCGCUUGGAAGGGGGCGGCGGCGGCGGAGGACGCUGUGCUCCGGUCUGUGACCGGGAAGGGUGGUAAUGGCGCGAGGGCCAGCUACGGUGACGGGGGGAAGUGGGGAAGCAAGCUGGUGCAGUUUGGGAUUCCGUUAUCGCCGAAGGAGCGGUUCGCCGCGGCGGGCGAUUCUUCCUCUGACGAGGCCGGCGGGGAAGGACAAGGCGGCGGCGGCGGCGGCGAUGACCCGGGUGUGCGAUGGUCGACGAGGUAUUGGGGCGGGCGCACGGCGUCGUGUAUGCGACUGCAGGAGCUGAGCGGGGAGGAUGGGGAGCCGGACAGGAUCAAGAUGAUGGGGCAGCUGCUGCGUGGCGCGCGGGUCAGGGAGGUCUGGGACUUGCAUGCCGGCAGGUGGGUGAGGUUUGAGAGGGAGAUGAUGGUGCAGUUGGUGACCGAGGCGGAUAUACAAGUGGACUUUGCGAGGGAGGUUCGGACGGGAUAGGGAGGCAAUCAUCAUCAUCACCACCUUGAGUGUUGAAGAAUGUAACGGAAGGGGUAGCUUACUCUCGUUUAGCCCCCCCAAUCGCGGGGGCGCAGGAGGAAACACGGGGAUCGACCCGCACGAGUAGCAGCUUUUCGGUCAUUACCUCAAUCUCUCAAUCACCACACCACUGAGUCUUCUCCCCUGACAUACUCUCUAACCUUCAUCACAUGUUGUGUCCCAUCC